AUGAUGUACAUUUCAUUAAUUUCAAUAUAAAAAUUUUGUAUUAUCGCAUCACGUUUCUUAACUCUCAAGAUCAGGUACUUACCAUACUACCAGAAUAUACUACAAUACUUAAAUUCAAAUAUAUUUUUUAAAUCAUCUCAUUGUUAUUUUGAGCUAACUAAAAUAAUAUAUCAUCAUGGAUGGCCCCAAGAUGUCACAAGAUGAACUCGUGGAAAAAUUAAAACAUCAAGUGGCGUUAGAAAAUAUAGAACUGUUAUUAAUGAAAAUGAGUCGAUUGUGUUUCAACAAAUGCAUAAUAAAACCAGGACCUUCACUAGAUAGUACUGAACAAAAAUGUGUUUCAAUGUGUAUGGACCGUUAUAUGGAAACAGUGAGUUUAGUGUCCAAGUCCUUUGGUGAACGACUUAUGGCUGAAUCCCAAAAUAUGCAUUAAACUGAAACAACAAUGCAUUAAAUGAGUGUUACUUGUAGCUAUAGUUUUCUGUCGUUAAUACUGUUAAUUGUUUAUUUACAUUUGUAAUUAAUUUUUAAACACCACAAAAAAUUUAAUU